UCGCGGGGCCCAUGGACCUACCCGCCGCCACCGGGAGGUCGGAAAUUGGGUAGGAUUGGUGCUUUUCCGGCGCUGCAGACUGUUUUGGAGCAUUCCCGCAGGAUCUGCCGGCAGAAGAGAUCAUGUCUUUCCGAGGCGGAGGUCGUGGAGGCUUUAAUCGGGGUGGUGGAGGUGGCGGUUUCAACCGUGGCGGCGGCAACAGCCAUUUCCGAGGCGGAGGAGGCGGCUUCCGAGGCGGCGGCGGCAGAGGAGGAUUCGGACGAGGGGGUGGCCGUGGGGGCUUUAACAAGGGCCAGGACCAAGGACCUCCGGAACACGUAGUCAUAUUAGGAGAGUUCAUGCAUCCUUGUGAAGAUGACAUAGUUUGUAAAUGCACCACAGAUGAAAAUAAGGUGCCUUAUUUCAAUGCUCCUGUGUAUUUAGAAAACAAAGAACAAAUUGGAAAAGUGGAUGAAAUAUUUGGACAACUUAGAGAUUUUUACUUUUCAGUUAAAUUGUCAGAGAACAUGAAGGCAUCUUCCUUUAAAAAACUACAGAAGUUUUACAUAGAUCCCUAUAAGCUGCUGCCGCUGCAGAGGUUCCUGCCCCGGCCCCCGGGGGAGAAAGGUCCCCCCAGAGGCGGUGGCCGGGGCGCUGGUGGAGGUGGCAGAGGCGGCGGAGGCCGAGGGGGCCGAGGCGGUGGCCGAGGCGGUGGCUUCAGAGGUGGACGCGGCAGCGGAGGUGGGGGCUUCCGAGGAAGAGGGGGCGGUGGUUUCCGAGGUGAGUGA